UUUCUUUUGUAUUUUCGUAAACAAUAACUUAAUUCACAUUUUCUCGUGGUCUACCUGCUUAAAACCUUAAGAUUACAUUGAAUUAGGAUAAAUAAAAACGUUCAGCAUCAAACACACUUAGAAGAUUAUAGACAAUCCUUAAAAACAGUCGAAAAAACACAAAACUAUAAGAAUUUCAUAAAAACUAUUAAUUAAAGCACAUUAAAUAAAAAUGACAACAGCAGCUCGACCAACAUUCGAUACAGCAAAAGGAGGAUCCAACAGAGGAGAAAAGGAUCUUUCAGCAUUAUCAAAACAAUACUCUUCUCGUGAUUUGCCAUCUCAUACAAAACUUAAAUACAGAGAAACUGGACAAGGAACAAACGAUGAAAUCCGUAGCCGUGACCUCCGUAAAGAAUUGGAAGAUCGUGAAACAUCUACAAAAUCAUCAUCAUCAUCCUCGUCAAAGCAAGCAACAGUUAUUCGUCGAGCUUUAGAAGCAAAUACAAAACGUCAAAAGUUGGAACAAAAUCCAGACGCUGAUGAUCCAGUUGAAAGUGACAAUUCCGAUGAUUCUGAUUCCGACGAUGACACAGCAGCACUUCUUGCAGAAUUGAAUAAAAUUAAACGUGAACGUGCUGUCGAUAGUGCUAAAAAGGAGGCAGAAAAGGUCCAAGAAGAAGAACGAAUUCGAAUGGAAAAUAUUCUUAGUGGAAAUCCUUUAUUAAAUUAUGCCUCAGCACCAAAAGGAAGUGCUAAAGUGAAAAGACGUUGGAAUGAUGAUGUUGUGUUUAAGAAUUGUGCUAGAUCAGAAGUCGAAAAGGAUGGUAGCUUCAUCAAUGAUUCCCUUCGUUCUGAGUUCCACAAGAAAUUCAUGGAUAAAUAUAUUAAGUAAAUUGCUGUAAUUAAACAUAUUUUUCUGUAACUUAAGAUUU